AUGUUCACUGAAACCUUUCUCCAAGCCAAAAAUCAGGAUUGUCUUGAGCAAGUGCUUUCAUUCCUAGCCUGCAAGGAGCUUGCGAAUGUUGGUAGGACUUCGAAAUCUCUCCACCAUAGUAUUUUUGAAGCGAACGAAACAGAAGGAAAUGUCAGCAUGAUAUGGCAAGGGGCAGAACAAGCACUGACUAAUCCUGGUCGUGACAAACGGGAGUUUUUCAGUGCAAAAACACAAAGAAUCGGUUCCAAUGCUCGGGAGCAUUGUCGUCUCUUUGCGACAGCUUCCAAGGCUGCAAAGGUAUUUGAAAUGAUUGAUGAGAUGGUUGAAGAAGAAGAUAGAGUCAUGGUCGACGGAGUGUUGGCAAAUCUAAUGAAUGUUCGAGAUCAUGACGCUAAGAACGUCGCUGAGAAAAAGGCAAUUGGAGCCAAAGACGAGCAAAAGACACUCGAAGAGGGAGCUUCGGAGCAGGAAUGGACUCGGGUGGAAAUGGACGAAGAUUUUGCCAAGUCUCGUAAGGAAAAGGAAUUACGACGCGAAGAAAGAAUCAAUGAACUGCGACAGCUCAGCCCGCCGGACGCACCUGAUAAUCAUGAAGUAUUUGUUCGCAUCACUCGAGCGUCGUCGGGAGAAGUCAUUUCGCAAGGAUUUUGUGGAACGGGGCAGAAGUUCCCUUGGUGGUUUGGUUUGGACAUUGGCAAAGAGGCUGUGGCUUUUGGUCCUCCGCAAGGCUUUCAAAUAUUUCUUGAUUUCGAAUCGCUCAAGCAAUCCGAAGAAAUGCAAUCGUUUCAAGAGUACUACAGUGAACCUGAAGGACAACACGGUGACAAUAGUACGACUGGAUUCAUGACGCUUGGAUUCAACAUGACGGCAUUGAUCAUUGACAAGCGAAAUUACAAGGUUCAUUGCCUGUUUCAACAUGAUCAAACGGAGGAUAUCACAUGCAGGCGAUCUAUGAAUCAAUCAUUCGGAUUUACUCGAGACUUGGACGUUUACGAGUAUCGUUUGAAUCCAAAGUGGGGUCAUGCGGUAGUGCAAUUAGGGCCAUCAAUGUGCGAUGAUCGAUACUAUCUAUCGUAUUCUCUUUCCCUUUAUGUCGCCCACUUGAAGAAUGGCGGCUGCCUCUUCUUGCCGUCUUUGGAUGUUGAUAUUUCUCCGGAUUCGUCGGUUUGGAAUCUCUCAAUGCAAAGACUAAUGGAAUCCGACAGCAGUAUGAUCCCUUCUGCUUCACCGCAAACGACGAAUGAUAUAUAA